AUGGCUCCUGCAGUGCCCGCCCCGGGUGAUCCGGAGGCGUACCCGCUGCAGACGCAGCGGAUGUACCUGUCGCACGUGGUGACUCACCAGGUGGACUAUUCACAGCAGAAGUUGACGAAUCACCUGCUGCUGAGGUGUGAGAAGAACUCUGUCCGGCUGCACGCUUGCGUGCAGCCGCCCUACUUGCUGCUGCAGUAG